AUGGGUACCCCUGAGCCAGACGACGAUCUACACAACCCGGACCCAAGACGAGACCUCAAGAAUGACAGAGGCGGCCAUAUCUUCACUGCUCGAGGCAUCGCUAAUCUAGGGUGUUUGUUCAUUCUCGCCGCAGCGCUCAUCUUUAUGUUUUUCGUACUACCUCUCCUCAGCCACUUACUGACCAAGAAACAAACCACCCAAGGCGGGUUCAACCUUGGGGGGAUCAAUGCAACUGGCCAAAUACCUUCCAUCCCGGGCAGUUGGGGCCUGAUCGAUGUCGAUACGCCCAAGGAUGCGUACACGAAAGCGUCGUACAUGAAUCCUGGGGAUACAUGGGAGCUGGUGUUUUCAGACGAGUUCAACACGGAUGGGCGGUCGUUUUAUCCGGGCGACGAUCCAUACUGGGAAGCACCAAAUUUGCAUUAUUGGGGUACAAACGAUUUGGAGUGGUACGACCCAUCUACGGUCACCACUAAGGGCGGUGCAUUAGCGAUCACGUUGUCCAAGGUCGAUCCGGCGACAAAUCAUAAUCUGACAUAUAAAUCUGGCAUGAAAGAGUGGGAACUUGACAUUCGUAGGAAUAAGUUUUGCUUCACUGGCGGGUUGAUCGAAACUUCGGUUGUCCUUCCCGGAUCGAAUAACGUCCAUGGCUUAUGGCCCGCUAUAUGGACGAUGGGAAAUCUAGGUCGUGCUGGCUUCGGUGCGAGUUUAGAUGGCCUGUGGCCGUACUCAUAUGAUAGCUGUGAUGUUGGGACGCUCCCUAACCAGACAUUCCCGGGUACGCAGACGCCUCUCGCUGCCACAGAGAACGGCGAUCCUGAUCACGGUGGUGUCCUGUCGUAUCUUCCCGGUCAGCGGUUGUCAGCGUGUACGUGUCCAGGGGAGUCGCAUCCAGGACCAGUGCACAGCAGUGGGGACUAUGUAGGCCGUGCUGCACCUGAGAUCGAUAUUUUUGAAGCGACGGUCGACAAUGGCGUUGGCAAAGUAUCCCAGUCGGCACAGUGGGCACCUUUCAAUGCUGCGUAUCAGUGGUCAAAUACUUCGGAUAACUUCAAGAUUUACGAUCCGACGAUCACAGUGCUCAAUUUGUACCACGGAGGUGCAUACCAACAAACGACGAGCGGGCUGUCUCUUACAGACCAGGACUGUUAUGAGUUGGAUAAAGGAUGCUAUAGUGUCUAUGGGUUCGAAUAUGUCCCUGGGUUUGAUAAUGGAUAUAUAACGUGGAUCAGCGACAGUAAGCCAGUGUGGACAGUUAUGGCUGCCGGGGUGGGACCGGAUCCUCUCACUGAGAUCGCGGCACGACCGAUUCCUCAGGAGCCGAUGUAUAUCAUCGCCAACCUCGGGUUUUCGACCAAUUUUGGGGGUAUUGAUUUCGAAAAUCUUCAAUUGCCAGCGACGAUGUCGGUAGAUUAUAUCCGGGUAUACCAACCUGCAGACGCGAAGAACGUCGGAUGCGAUCCGCCCGAGUUUCCUACGGCGGCGUAUAUCAAUACUUACAUGGAGGCCUAUACAAACUUCAAUCUGACGACGUGGGCCCAGUUUAAUCAGACGAAUCCGAAGAAUCGGUUAGUCGAUAAUUGCUGA